CUCUCUCUCUCUCUCUCUCUCUCUCUCUCUCUCUCUCUCUCUCUCUCUCUCUCUCUCUCUCUCUCUCUCUCUCUUUCUCUCUCUCUCUCUCUCUGGUCCUUACCAUAAAAAUGCUUCGUUUUCUCAUUACUUCUAUUUUCAAAGAACACAAAUGACUAGUCAAGUUCCUAUACAUGUUUUCAUUCACUCAUAGCUCGGAGUCCCCAAAACACUAUCGCUGGAAUCAUAGCAACACCCUUGAAAACCAAUAUAACUUACACUAGUGCACCCUGCUGAACGACCAGCGACAAGGCGGAGUUCAGAAUCUUCAAAACUAUCACUAGAAUCACGAAAACAUCCUUGAAAACCAGGUAACUUCCCAUAUAAGCUGUUGAAAAUGCUGUGGUAAGAUGACGAGAGGUUUAAAAAUAAGGAAAGCCAGGUAUCUUCCCCUACACCCUUUUAAAAGUACUAGCGGUAAGACGGGAAGAGGUCUGAGAAUACGGAUCAGUCUUUCCCUCCCUUCUGCAGGUGUACAAGAGGCGUAACAUCCUGAAGGAGUGGGCGGGGGAGCAGCGGAGGUACCAUGCUGGCGUACAUGUCAUCGCCCUUCACCAAAGCCGCGGGAGGAUGAUGCAGGUGCGGCAGUUCAUUACGUGGCAACCAACGGGUCACAGAAUGCUGGCGGAGGCUGUGAAGGCGCUGCAGGAGGGACGGCUGGUGUUGGUGCUGGGUGCGCCGGACUACCUCAGCUGGCUCAAUGCAGAAGGCACGAACGCCCUCAAGAGCCUCGGGGCGCGGCUGGGACUGAGGGCGGUGAAGGAGGAGGCGUGGGUGCUGCUGGCGAGGAAGGGACACGGGGCGCUCUUCGAAACCCUCAUCACUGCCAAGAACUACACGUCGAAAAUUGUCUCCCCUCUCACCUUCUCCGUCAGUCUGCCUCGUUAUCCAGAGCGCCACUGUCCCUGGUACCAAGACCCUGAGUUCGCGGCCCAGUUGGAGUUCUGUGAGACUUUUGAGGGGUACGGCGAGAUGUGUGACUGUCAGCGGCCCGUCCACCUGAACCGCAUCGCCUCACCACACCUGUCCCUGGAGGAGGUGAUCCCCGUGGUCCUCAUCACCGCCUCCAGGUUCCCCAGGGUGGCCCAGCAGGUGAGGACGCUGUGGGAGAACCCCGGGGGGGGUCAGACGCCCCUUAUGAUGCUGGUGGACGGCGCGCACCCAGAGGCGGAGGCUUUAGGGAGACUCCUCAAUAUUACUGUGGUGACGCACCGCAACCCAGCCACGCCAGGCACCAAGGAGAGAGUGAACGAGCACGUCAGAUUCUCCCUGCAGACAGUGUUCAAUUUCUUCCCUGACGUGGACAAAGUCAUUUUUGUAGAGGACGACCUGGUUCUCGCCAACGACUUCAUCAGUUACUUCCAACAAACAUCUCUUCUCCUGAGCGUGGACCAGUCAAUCCUGUGUGUCAACGCCUAUAACUACAACGCCUUCCCGCACACGGCCAGCGACCCGCACCGCAUUUACCGCGUGCAGUCCUACCCCUACUACGGCUGGAUGACGCGCCGCUCCACCGCCACCCGCAUGCUGUCCCGCUGGCCGCCCCACCACCAGGUAACGCCAUCUUUUUAG